GUGUGGCUGAGAUUUGUCUGGGCGCCUGCAUGACAUACCCCCGGGCCCGGGCCUCCCCAGUUGUUCCGCAUUCUGCCUUCCGCUUCCUCUGACAGUGACAAUCCUUUCGAGUCUUCGCCAUCCAUCCGCAAUGAUGAGUAGUCUAGGCGUUGUCCGGGCUCAGUUUCGACGUAGGCUGGUCACCGGUAGCAGACCUCAGUGUUUGCGAACGUCGCCUCCCGCUACUCUGUUACAGCGAGGGGUCGCGCAAGCGGCGAGACAGACUCCAUCUCAGGAGGGGUUCAAGCCCAAGCCUAAGCCAAAGGCUUCUACCUCUUUGCGCAGGACAGCGGCCGCAUCGCUGCCUAUUCGUUCGAACCGGACACCGACCCGCAGCGACAUUCAGCCCAUCAUCACACUUGCGACCGCGGAGCGUUACGACCUGCGCAGCAUUAGCAGAUAUCUUCCACCUUCAGCUAAGCUUUUGCACGAGUCAUGGUGGAUCCCGAGUUGGGGAGAGGAUGGGAAGGAGGGCGAGAUAUUCAUCUUCGGUAACGGGAGCUUCGUAGCUUGGGGGCUUGAAGAAGAGCAAGCGAAGAAAUUUGCUGCAAAAUUUUUGCGCAAGCCGGACAUCGAGAUCUCGCCGUUGCGUGAACCGGAGACGGAGGACCUGGAGUUCGUGACCGACUCCGAGGAAAACACACGGCUGCAAGGCGAUCUCAUUAUACUUGGCCACACACCACCGCUGGACACGGACGAUGCACUGCCAAAGGGUUUGCCCCAACCGUGCUUGCCUCACGAUACUAUUCUGGCUCGUUAUGCCUACUCUCAGGCCCUAUCACGCUCAACCGCUCUCUCUGCCCUCGAGGUCUCGUUGGAGAGGUACUUGUCGUCGAUGGCCGUACUACCGGACACGCUCCACCGGACGGGCAAGCCAGGCUUGAGCAGACAACAAUUGGUCAUGAAGCUCGGUGAACUGCUGAAGUUCAGGCAGGGCCUCAACUUGAACAGGGAAAACUUCGCCGACACUCCAGACUUCUACUGGGCUGAACCGGUACUGGAGAAUUACUUCCACUCUCUGAGUGCUGCACUGGAGAUAAAGUUGCGUACGCAGUCGGUCAAUGACAAAAUCACAUAUGCCGCUGAGAUGCAAUCCGUCCUGCGGGAACUCCUUACAGAGACUUCAGCACAUAGAAUGGAAUUGAUUAUCAUUGCGCUCAUCGCAGUCGAAGUGGUUAUUUGCCUCAUCCGCGACGGUCCCGAACUUUGGGACAUGGUUGUUGGUGAUAAUGAAGAUGUGGAGCACAAGCCCGCCGGCCGGCAUUGAGUAAUGCUUUGCAUGAACCUAGGGAUUUCCCUCCAAUUCGCACAAGCAUAAUACGGACUCGCAGGAUCUGUUACUAGUAUCUAAUGACUGCUAAAAAUCCUUCUCCCCCUGGCAGUUCUCAUUGAUUCACUAGACUUCCACCCCGCUCAAUCAUACUCUCGUAUCAGUUGUAUGUACUCUAUCCUUUGGGAAAAUCAUAGGGCUCUUCAUUGUCUGAGA